AUGCUCGUAAUCCUCGCAUUUGCUCCAGCUAAACUUCUGGCUUUUUAUGAAGUGGACACGGUGAAACUAGCCGUUGGAGAUUGGAUUUUGAUGAUAUGGUGCAUUUUUGCGUCAUUGGCAGUGCAGAUAAUCUGGACGAAUGUCUACACUCGUGUUAGCGAAAAGGGAGGAUAUUCUUCUACCUUACAUUUUGGUGAUGAUGGCUAUGAGGAGAGACUUUUAGAGGUAGAUUAUCCCAUGACAACCUCUAUUAUUAAUGUGAAAACUAUUGAUUUUCUCCAGGAAGAGGCCGAAAAAGCCGCAAAACAGCGUGAAACUUUUGUAUUACUAUUCCGGCUACUUGGUUACAUGGCCAGAGAGUGGAAGUACUAUGGAAUGGCGUUUUUCUUCCUACUUUGCUACUCAAUCAGUCGCGUCUUCAUACCUUACUACACUGGCGAGGUAGUAUCAGCUGUAUUUGGAGAACAAGCAUCCUACGAGAGACUACAUCGUACAGUCGGCAUCAUGGCAUUUCUGUCACUGAGCUGUGCUGUAUUUGGUGGAUUACGUGGUGGUUCGUUUACUUACGCUCAUGCUACUAUUGAUCGGCAAAUCCGCAGUGAUUUAUUCCGAGCUGUGAUCAAGCAGGAAAUUGGAUUCUUUGACGCAAUCAAGACAGGUGAAAUAUGUUCUCGACUGACGUCCGAUUGUCAAACAAUGUCGAAUACUCUGUCACUGUACAUGAACGUAUUGACGAGGAAUUUGACGAUGUUGUUUGGAUCCCUAAUCUUUAUGACUACCCUAUCGUGGCGACUAUCUAUGAUUACCCUCAUUACUGUACCUUUGAUCUUCCUGGUCAAUAAGGUGUUCGGUGUAUGGUAUGAUAAACUAUCUGAAGAAACUCAAAAUUCCGUAGCACAUGCUAACGAUGUAGCUGAAGAGGUGCUUUCAGCAAUUCGCACCGUGAAAAGUUUCGCCUGUGAGCGAUUUGAAAGUCAUAGAUUCCUAGGCUACCUAAACGUAACUCUAGCCAUCACCACCCGUAGGGUGAUCUGUGUGAUUGGGCUAAUUUGGACGAAUGAGCUUCUGCAAAUGGCAAUUCUUACCAUAGUUCUGUGGUAUGGAGGUCAUCUAGUCAUUCAAGCGAAGAUCGAGUCUGGCUUACUGGUUUCGUUCCUGCUAUAUCAGUUUCAGCUGGGAGAAAAUUUGAGAGAACUUGGUGAAGUAUGGAACGGUCUUAUGCAAGCCGUAGGUGCCUCCAGGAAAGUCUUCGAAUACAUCGAUCGUGAUCCAAAAGUCAAGAAUAACGGCACAUAUGCGCCAGAAAAGCUCAUUGGCCGAAUCGAAUUUAAGAACGUUCAGUUCAGUUAUCCUAUUAGACCGGAUUUGCCGAUUAUGGAGGAUCUCACAUUCACUGUGGAACCUGGGGAGGUUGUCGCGCUUGUUGGUCCUUCUGGAGGAGGAAAAUCCAGUUGUAUCGCUAUGUUGGAACAUUUUUACGAGCCCAAUGGUGGAGAGGUAUGAAA